AUGCGCGGACUCUUGGGACACACGGACUCGUGGGACCAUCUAAUUGCUGACGUGAGCGACGAACAUCUUUCUUGUUUCGAUCGCGGUGGCGCAGACCCCUGGAACCGCACCCAGCAGGAAAUCGAUGUUGUGUCUCCGAGUCAGCCCGUUGUCCAUCGUCGUCGUCAUCAAUCCCUCGCGUAUGUUCUUUGCUGUGAAAGGGCAAUCACUGACCCGCCUGCUUUUCCCCAGAUCUCAAUCCCUCUUGCUGUUGUCUACAGUGAGAUUGCGCGCAGACUCGAGUUGAAUUCAUCUGUGAACCCCUCUGCUGCUGUCACCAACAACCAAGGAGGCCUGCGUGUCGGCAGAGUCCUCAUCCUCAUUGCUGUGUUAGUCUUCCUCAUCCUCCUGGUCACCUACCAUUGGUGGAGGCCAAGCAUCCCCAUCAAUUCUUUCUGUGGCUGCUGUCUUCCGCCCCCUCGGCACCGGAGCAAGUCAAAUGACUGCGCCAACAUUGUCGUGAUGAUGUCCCUCAACCAUGCCACUGCUGCCAUGGUGGGCUCUGUUGCUGACUCGUUCUGGAGUGCUGAUGCUGGCGAAGUCAAGCAUGUCCAGUCUGCUGAAGCACCCAGGCCUGAUGCAAACAACACUCUGCCCUUCCCACUCUGA